CCCGGACGGCUUCCCGACUGCGACUGAGCGCUUUCGGUACCGCUGUGCCCACUGCAGCAUGCCGCUGUUUUUCAGCUUUCCGCCAGGAUCCCUCCGUGAGGUCCUCGCUAAGAAGAGCGCUCCGCCGGCACCGCUGUGCCCUCAGCCCGACCCUUCUCUGCCCCUCUCCCCGCACACGAUGGGCGCAGUCCCGCACCUCGGCGCUGCUAUGGAAGAAAAAGAGCGGCUGAGCCCUUCCCCGCCCGAGAGGCGACGACGCGCGAAGGAGACGAAGAACGGCAGUCUCAGAGAGGCUCCGGAUGCAGUAAGCUGAGACAGAACAGGCGCUGCGUGCUCUGCGUGGCAGUGCUGUGCAUCCUUGUUUUGGCGCUGGUGGCCGUGAUAGGUGAGUGCCCCCCGCAUCCCCACGGAGAUGCACAGCCCCCAUCCCACCUCCUGGGCUGCCCACGUGGUGCCCCAAAGCACCUUCUGCUCCAACUCCCGGCCUCUGCAACCGCUCCGAGGGCAUCGCCCCGUGGCCGUGCAUCCCAACCCCACAUCAGCUGCAGGGGAACGUCCUUUGCCUCCCACUUGCCCAACUCUCUCCCUGUCAGUGCUCCAGCGUCCGUCGUGCCCGCCUCCCCCACCCUUCUCCCACGUGUGCCCCAACGCCUGGGUCGGUUUCCAAGGGAAAUGCUAUUACUUCUCGUACACGAAGAGUGAUUGGAACAGCAGCAGGGAGCAGUGCCACCGCCUCGGAGCUUCCCUGGCCACCGUAGACACGGAGGAGGAGAUGGGAUUCAUCCUGCAGUACCACAGCCCGGAAGACCACUGGAUUGGGCUGCACAGGGCAGAAGGGGACGAGCACUGGACAUGGGCCGAUGGCAGCGCCUUCAGCAACUGGUUUGAGCUGCGAGGCGGAGGCCAAUGUGUGUACCUGAAUGGGGACCGGAUCAACUCAACCCUCUGCCACAGCGAGAAGUUCUGGGUGUGCAGCAGAGCCGACAGCUACGUCCUCUGGUGGAAGGGGACAAAUCCGCAGUGACGGAUCCCAUCCCAGGCAGCUCGUGCCAACGCUGCUGGGCACUCCGUGGCAUCCGUGUGUGCUGGAGUCCGCCUCUUUCCAGCACUGCUACGCUUGUGUUUCUUGUAUGGACUCUGCCAGCUGUGCUGCUCGCUGUCUCUCAGGAAACACAUCUGUUGCACUGUGCCUUAAAGGGGGGUCCUUUGGGGGUCCUUACAGAUCAAAUCCCCAUGGUACGGUUGGGUGUGCAGUUGACGAUCACUGCCACCGACCCCUGGAGCUGCCAGGACCUGGAGCAGCGCAGCCAGCAGUGUGAGCACAGCACAGAGCAGUGCUGCGUCCCGCGGGGCUCAGCUGCUAUUUGGUGCUCCUGUUUCCCAUUGGAUUCUGCGCAGUUCUCUCCACUUACACUAUUACCGUGAUCGUUGUUUUUACGAUUAUUGUUACUGGAAGUCUUCCUAUCCUUAUGUUCUGCAUUAUUUCCUUUACUGUUUCUACUCCCAUUUAUUAACAGUCCCUGCCACAAUUCCCCUCCUUUUUAUCACUCCAGUGGUGCUGUUAUUAUUUGACCCAUCAGUAUUAAUAAUGUUUGUAAUUAA